UUUUUGUCAACAGGGUCCUACACAACAACUGCAACAACCGGCUACACCUGACGAUUUAUUUGAAUGUAAUAUAAGAUUCCAUAGUCUUAUAAACCAAGAAGUUCUCUCUUUCUUCCUGAGUCAAAUACAAACUAGGGUUUCUGAACCCAAGCAGGUGGUUCAAACACACCAGAGUGCAAAUGAAAAAUGCCUUAUCCAUGCAGUUUCUGCUCGGUAGUCCCUCAGACUCCAGCAAGCAGCAUCCGUCAUCAGCGGGAUCAUGCUAAAGGCCAGAAGACUUUUAUUUUCUUUUGCCCUCUGUCUGAUUGUAAUUUUGAGUCCUCUACUUAUAAUGGUAUAGACUUCCACAUUUCAAGCCAACACCAGGAAGCUCGCCACAUUGAUGCAGAAAGCACCGAAGAACUAUUUUGUCAUGCUGAUGCUAACAACUGUUCGUUUUCCACUACAUCACUUGUGCUACUUGUCAGACAUCUCUAUUGCCAUUUCAUGAACGGUUUGCAUGUUGUCUGUCCCAUUGAGGGAUGCUCACAUUCGUGUUCAACAAAAGGCGCUCUGAAAGUUCAUCUUUCUAGUUACCAUCCUGGUUGGGCUUCUGAAGGAUGCCCAAAACAAAGUUACAGAAGAGCUCCAGACCACUAUGAAGAAAAUUCAUUGUUGAAUUUUGAUGUUGAAGAGGAUAAUGAGAUGCAGUGGGAAGAAUUUAUUGAGCCUGAAACUGAAUCCUCUGAUAACAGAGAUAGCAGAGAUGAGCUGCUGUUCAACAAUGAGUUAUUUUUGAACAGUAUUGCUAAAUUUUACUUAGGUUUGUAUGCUGUCCAACUCCUAGCCCAAACAACUAUUCAGAAAAUAUGUGAUAGCAUCGCCUUUAUGACUGAAGUAGCGCAUGCUCGCAUGAAAGUUGUUCUUACUCGGGCCUUGGAAGACUUGGAGAUUUCAGAGAGAAAAAUCAACAGGAUUUGCCAUGAUGUAUUUGAAGCUGAUUUGCUGUAUACUUCACACCACAAGAACAGCUCGGGGCCAUCUCUUACUUCACAUUACCUCAGAAAAAAGUUUUUCAAAGAAAAGUUUGGGUAUUUUGGGCCUGUUGAGAUUCAUCUGGAUGAAAAUGAUCCUGAAAGUGAAAAGAAGUUGCAAUAUGUAUCAGUCAAGAAAAGUCUCAGUGUACUGUUUGAAGACCCAUCUGUUCAAAGAGAAAUCCAGGAAUCAUUUUCUGAACAGCUAGGUGAUGACAGAAUAGUAUCAGAUUAUCCUGAUGGUUAUCUUUUUAAAUCAGAAGACCACCCUAAACCAGAAAUUCAAUUACUUUUACAUCAAGAUGCUUAUAAUCCUGUGCCAAAUGCCCUAGGAUCAGCCAAAAAUAAGUACAAAGCUCUUGUUGUAUAUUUCACCAUUGGUAAUCUAAAGGCCCAUAUUAGGUCUAAAAUAAUUACCAAGCAUCUUGUUAUGAUUGUCCGAGAAAAUAUUUUCAAGAAGGUGGGAGCAGAAAAAUGUCUGGAAGAAUUGAUCUCGGAGCUUCAAGCUUUGGAACAAGAUGGCAUUCAGUUCAUGGGCGAAACUGUUCCAGUGACUCUUGAAUUCAUGCUGGGAGACUCCCUAGGCCAUCACCUCAUUGGAGGAUUUAUUGAAAGUUUUUCUGUAGAGUUCAUGUGCCGCUUUUGUGAAAUUACGAGAAGACAAAUGAAAGCAGAUCCAUUGUUCAUUGGAGAAGGACGCACCGUUGCAGAAUUUAAUCGGUGCGCUUUGAGGGCAAAACUAACUGGCCAACAUUGCAAAGGCAUUAAGGCAUCUUGUGAGUUCAACAAAUUGAAAAAUUUCCAUGCCACAAGUCAUUUAGUACCCUGUAUAGCCCAUGACUGCUUUGAGGGGGCAUUUUCUUGGGACAUGGCUGGAAUCAUUAGACGUUUCGUAAAAAAAAGAUGGUUCUCUUUGGAGCUCAUAAAUAAAAGGAUCAGACAAUUUAAAUGUGUUGGUGUCGACACUGGAAACAAGCCUGCUUUUGUACAUAAGAAAUAUGAAAAGCUAGGUGGCCAUGCAGUUCAAAACUGGACACUAAUAAGACUUUUCUAUUUCAUCAUUGGAGACAAAAUUCAAGAUUUUGAGGAUGAAGGUUGGCUGCUUUACUUAAAGCUCAAAGAGCUAUGCGAGUAUUUCUGCGCGCCUAUUGCUGAAAAAAGUUCUGCCCCAUACAUGAAAGAUGUGCUUCUGCCUGCCUACUUUGAUCUAAGAAAAACUGUAUUGGUAAACAAGAAAAAAUACCCAAUCAAACCAAAGCACCAUUUUAUUGCUCACUAUCCAGAUCUCUUACUUCGCUAUGGAAGUUUGAUCUUCCUCUGGACCUUCCCUUUGAGCAGAAGCAUAAGUUUUUUAAAGAAACAAUGAGAA